AUGGAGUGGCCGACCAGCGCUUUCCAGGCGUCCCAAGAAGACGAUCACCCAGGCAGUCUUUCUGUCAAUCCUUUCUUUUUCUCCCGAUCUCCUGCAGCUCCAGGGUCGCAGCCAGUUUCUUUCGUCCCUGCAGGUCAUGCAAACUGGGAUUUUACCUCGGGUGUUGAAUUUCCCCGUAGUGUCGAGCCGUAUGGCUGGACAACCAACCAGACUGGUCUUGCUGAUGGCAGUAACAUUCCACUACAAGGGGGCGUGGCGCUGACCGCACCAGCCCAUCCUGCCUAUGACGAAAUAGCUGCCGAUUCUUCUGCUGCGUUGUACACCUCCAGUAGUCAGCCUCGGCCGGACCGGAUUGGUGCCAACACAAACACAAACUCCGCCUUGGGUGCGGCCAAUAACGCCACGAGCCACCAACAGCGCCAGACUGCGCAAAGUGCCCAUACCUCACCAAUCUUGGAGUGCAAAUGGCAAGGCUGUUUCAGCGCCACACGUUUCAGCAGCGAAGGGGAUCUUGUCCGCCAUCUUAAAUCGAUCCACAUCUCCCCUGAUGCAUAUCCCUGUCCAGACUGUGGCAGAUGUUUUGGUAGGAAAGAUCACCUACGUGACCACCAGAAACGUCGCCACCGUGGCUUGGUCUAA